UUAAGUUGUAUUCUAGUGCUUGCUCUGUUCGCGUAGGAUAGGAAGUAGUUUAUUCAAGGUUUACUGCGUUUUACCGUGAUACAAAAGAAUGUUUCUUAUGGUUAAUCUGUGACUUAUUGUGUUUUUAAGAAAAUUAAAAAAUUGUGUGAAGAAGUAGUAUUUUUUUAUACUUACAAAGUUUAAACAGACUGACAAACUGUUUAAUAACAACGAUUUCGUGUUUGUAUUUACUGUUGCUUUAUCGAGCUGAGAUAAACUGUUGAUCCUAACCACAAUUUUCGGUACAUCAAAGUUUUGAUAGGAGCGGGCGAUUUGCGACUAUAAUGUAUCCUCAAAAAUAAUUAUUUAGUUGAUGUUUAAGUGAUGGAAUCUGAAGAAGCUUUAAGAUAUUAUUUAGACGAAGUUAAGGAUACUCAGCAUGAUAUAAAUAUAGAAGAGGAAGUGCAUAUACCAAACGAAGCUGAACAGGCAACAGAUUUUCUCCAUAAAGCUGGCUUAUCAGAUUUGACGAAACUAUACCAGCAAGGCAAAGAAAUAACAGAAAAUGUAGUAAAAGAUUCAGUGCGACAGAGAAAUCUAACUGAAAAACAGGCACAAACCAUCCGCUCUCGCGUGCGGACGUUAAACAAAACUCUUCGUAGCCGACAGCCUCGAAGAAAGCAGCGGCAAGACAUUAGAGAUGUCUCGUGGAAUGUCGAGACAUCUAGCACAGGUACAAGAUCAAGAUCAGCUACUCCAGAUUCUCUAGAUUCUGGUGAACUUUUAAAUGAAGAUCUCACCUCAGAUGAAGACCAACAGCUCACCUCAUUACCACCAUUUUCUUUGGAUCAUAAUCAAAUCGGUUUCAAAACGAAAAUCAAAUGGACCACUAGUGAACCAUUGCAAAAUAAAAAAUUCAACAGGACUGAUAAAGGUGAUAUAGCGCAUUUAGGGUCUGAAAAUGUAGUUUUGAAAGGUUAUCAAGCUUUAACUGAGAAUGGAACUCUUCCUAGACCACCCCAAAGAGAAAGAAGUGGCAGUGACCCCACGACAGAAGUCCAUCUUCAGCCACUUAAAAGCCAUAAUACAUCGGAAGUUUUCAGGGAUACAACAACAAAUUUGCAUAACCAAUUGUCUCGGAGUCAUAAUAACAUAACUAUAAGCAGCAAUAAUAACUGCAGCAAAAUUUAUAUACAUAGCAGUGACACCAUUGAGAAUGAUGCUGUUAGUUUUGAAGGUUUAAUUAAGAAAAACGAUAACCAGCUGAAUAUCGUAAACACUGAGCAAUGGGACACCGAUGAAGGGAUCAGUAUUGACGUGUUAAGUGAUAGUGAAUAUCAGUAUUUAAAACCACUUUUAUAUGUGGAAUUAGUUGCCAUAUUUGACCAAUAUAAAAUAAGUUACUUAAAGAGGAAGGCCAGUAGUAAAAAUAAAGGUGGAAAUGUUUUCGGUGUGAACCUGUCGACGUUGGUAAUGCGUGAUAUGCCCAGGCCGACGGACAAUUCUAUGGUGCCCGAAAUAUUCCAGAGCAUGUUGUACCAAUUAAAUACUAGGUGUAUAAGGGAAGAUGGGAUUCUUCGAAUAGCCGGGCAAAAGCAAAAAUUAGAGGGGUUGUGCAAUGAAAUAGAAACCAAAUUUUUUAAUAGUCGCCGAGAGGUGGAAAAUUUAUUAAGCCAAGCGACAGUGCAUGAGCUCACGGGUGUAUUGAAAAAACUGUUGCGAGACCUACCGGAUCCAAUAUUUACUAUGGAAUUGUUCGAUAUGUUCUAUAAAACUAGCAGUAUUCCAAAUGCAGAAGACAAAGUUAAGGCGCUAAACUUGUUAGUUCUUCUUCUUCCAAUCGAACAUAGAAACACAUUUAGGUUGUUGCUGCAAUUUUUCCUAAACAUUGUAAGUCACGAGAAACAAAAUAGGAUGAAUCUGCAUAACGUCGCGAUGAUAACCGCUCCAUCUUUUUUCCCUCCAAGACUGUUAUUGCCUAAGGAUAAUGAUAAGAUAAUAAUGAAGCAAUUAACGAAGGAAGAAUUGGCUAAACGAAUCAAUGGUGCUGCAGUCUGCUGCUGUAUUAUGGAGACUAUGCUCAAGGCUGGUGAGAAACUGUGGAAUGUCCCAAGUUACCUGGCUCACCAAGCUAGGGAAGCACAAAAGAGGGCUCAAGUUAGAAAAGACCUGAGCAAAGACAAAGACAAGAGAAUUCGGUCUGGUAAGACAAAGUUGGUAAGAAGUAGUACUCAGUACGAACCCGGUGCUAUGAACGCUCCCCGAUUGAAGAGAGAUUUUUAUAUUUAAAUUUAAAAAGAGGAAACUCAUUCCAUAAUGUACCUUACAAAAUUAGUGCCUACAUAAUAUUUUAAAAUUUUAUUGAAGUAAUGAUACAUAUUGUGAUUAAAAUAUUUACACAGUAAUUUAUACAAUGAAUGCCUGUGCCAAAAUAUACAUUUUAUACAA